GUGAGCACAUCUUUUGUAUGAUUAUUAUUAUCAUUAUUAGCUAUUUCCUUUACCUACGCGCUCGACUAGGGAGCUUUUGCGCUCAACUUCACGAUGCAGCAAGCCGCACGAAAGGCUUGGAGUAUUUGUAUCCCUGACGUUCGCAGAAGCUUGACUACAUGUCUAUCCUCUACUUCAAUCUUUAAACAAGUUUCCCUACCCUUAAGUCCGAGGAGCAUAUUCGUGCAGUAUCGAACAGUCAUGUCGCCAUCGCAGUGGACAUGCACACCAAGAGUGUUUCCCACCUCGGGAUUCGAGCUACUUGACCAGUCCAUUGAGCUUGAUGAGGAAACACUGCCGACGUACCAGCCUGAGAAAUACUACCCAGUCAACCAGGGUGAGAUACUCAAUGAUCGGUAUCAAACGCUUGCCAAAAUAGGGUACGGAGUAACCUCAACGGUUUGGCUUGCGAAAGACUUGAUCGCAUCAACAUAUGUUGUUUUGAAAGUCUACGUAACCGGUCAAAACAGGGAUCACGAGCGAGAGCUUCACAUCUACAAGCACAUGAAUCUGAAGGAAACAAAGCAUCCCGGCAGAAACUUCAUUCGCAAACUCCUGGACCAUUUUUACAUCCAGGGCCCUCAUGGCCGUCAUAUCUGCCUUGUUCACGAGCCUCUCGGAAUGAGUGCAGAUCUUCUGGUGAAGAUGUCUCCUGGACAGGCAAUGACGCUUGAUCAAAUGAAGCCAGGUAUCCGACAGCUGCUUAUCGCUCUAGAUUUCCUGCAUUCGGAGUGUCACAUUAUCCAUACCGAUCUUCAGCUGAAGAAUUUACUACUGCCGGGACCGGAGACAAGCUAUCUUUCUCGAUUUGAAGAAGCUGAAGUCACGGACCCAUCGCCUAGAAAAGUUCUCAGAGACCGAACAAUCUACAAGACUUUGAGUUUCCUUCCAAGAGGUGGGCUGCCACUUCUUACUGAUUUUGGGGAAGCUCGAUUGGGCGACAAAGAACACAAUGACGAUAUCAUGCCGAACAUUUACAGAGCUCCUGAAGUGAUUUUGAGAUCGAGUUGGGGUUUCAAAGUGGAUAUCUGGAACGUUGCCAUGGUAGCCUGGGAUAUCGUUAGCCCUCGCCCCCUUAUCAAUGGCAAAAACUCAGAUGGUAUAUUUGAUGACCGCGUCCACAUGGCAGAACUAGUUGCCCUUCUAGGCCCUCCACCACCCGAAUUUCGGGAACAGAGACACCUCAGUUCGGCCUUCUGGGAUGAGUCGGGCAACUGGAAGGGAGUAGCCCCGAUUCCAGACACUACUCUCGAGAGCCUGGCCGAGAAGACUGAAGGGGAAGACAAGGAAGGGUUCUUGCGGUGGCUCCGGAUGGCCUUGCAGUGGAACCCCGAGGACCGGUCGACGUCUUUGGAGUUAUUAUAUGAUGAGUGGCUGAUGAAGGGGCUAGGAGAAUGAGGUAGGACAUAGAAAUAGUACGGCCAAAUGGAAGCAAGGGCAGGUUCUUAGGAAACGUCCUUACUCAGAACCUCAUCAAUGUGGGUAUUAUUUCCUGAGGCGAGCGAGUUGAUCGGAGCAGAGUUGGUGGGAUAGAAUUAUGUGAUCAGCAGGGUUGGUUUUACAAAGUUUGGGCAUCCACCAUCAAGCAAAUGGUGUUAACAGGUAGGCUUCAUAUUAUUAGUGGUUCAGCCUCUUAACUACCUAAGUCUCCUGAAUUAAGCAA